UCGGGCGUCUCGCUGCUCGUGCUUCCCCGCUCGCCAGUUCGUGUCUGACAGCCAGUGCGAGUGGACCCACGAUGCUCGGCGGCUCCGCUCUCCUGCCUCUGCCGUUCCUCCUGCUGGUGCUGGGGGCAGCGGCGGGCACCGAGGCCUACUUCGCCGACUGGGGCAUGAUCGGGGCCGCCCCCAGGAGCCCACGUGCGUCGACAUCCCCGAGUCCAUGCCCCUGUGUUCGGGCAUCGACUACAACAAGAUGCGGCUGCCCAACCUGCUGGAGCACGACACCCUGAAGGAGGCCCAGCAGCAGGCGGGCUACUGGGUGCCCCUGCUCAACCUGCGGUGUCACGCCGACACGCAGCUGUUCCUGUGCUCGCUGUUCACGCCCGUGUGCCUGGAGAGCCCCAUCUACCCGUGCAGGAGCCUGUGCGAGGCCGUGAGGAACGGCUGCGAGAGCCGCAUGCAGACCUACAGCUUCCCGUGGCCGGACAUGCUGCGCUGCGACAAGUUCCCGCUGGACAACGACAUGUGCAUCACCGUGCAGCACACCAAGUCGCAGAGGCCAGGUAUGUGCGUGUGGGCGUGUGUGCGCGGGGGGUACAGUGCCGCCGAGGAUGCGAGCGCGCCCUCGUAAUGCAGGAGCGCCCUC